AUGUCUACCCCUCAGUUCUGGUCGACUCCCCUCCGCUACAUCCGCUGGGCUGCGCAUGAGAAGCCCGCCAUGCUCUGCUCCCUCAUCAUCGGUUUCAGCGGCCCCCUCGCGCUGUUCGGUAUCCCCCCGAUCCGUCGCGCCCUCGGUGACGUCGACCCCGAGCCUAUCCCCCUGACAUAUCCCAUCCCCCAGGGUAAGCGGGUGAUCCCCCAGGGCUACGAUGACGAAUAA